AUUCCCUCCGCCUCCCCCUUCCUAGACGGCAAUAAAUGGACGGUGGGCUUAAGGCAAAUUCUCUAAGCUCCUCCAAAUGAAUAGAGGAAGGGAAGUUUCCUCACUCCCACCCCCUUAAGGCGAUUGCCCAACAGUACGAUCAGAAUGUCCUGGACGCUAAUAAGGUUGCGGUUGGAGAAAGACGCCGAUGAGCCAAAAUUGGGAUCGACCGGAUGCCUCUUGGAGAAUAAACUUUGUCAUAAGUCUUGAAGAACAAAGGAGAGACAAAAUCCCUUUCUGAAAGUGCAAGUCUUUGCACAGAGAACGUCUGGCUCUUCUGACACAGCCUGAGAAGGACUCGUGAGGAACACCCAAGAAAGCUGAGUCAGAACAAGAGGGAAGCGUCUCCUUCUGCGCUCCCCAUCUCUCGGAGUGCGUCAGUCCUUUUGCUGGCGGAGUCAAGAGCACAUCGAAGCCAAGAAAGCUGGGAUCACAGGGCUUGGACUCUGCACCUCAUGGCCACCUCGGAUCCGUCUUCGUCCAACACCGCUCAGGAACCCAACCCGACUAAUUUACGACCCACAACCUAUGACACCUGGUGUGGUGUGGCUCAUGGCUGCACGAAGAAAAUCGGGCUCAAGAUAUGCGGCUUCUUGCAACGGAACAACAGCCUGGAGGACAAGAGCCGGCUGGUGAGCGCGCUCAAGGAGAGGCAGUCGUCCAAGAACCUGCUGGCCUGCGAGAACAGCGAGAAGGACGCAGCCCGCUUCCGCAGGACCGAGACCGACUUCUCCAACCUCUACGCCCGCGAUUUGUUGCCAGCCAAGAAUGGCGAGGAACAGACGGUGCAGUUCCUUCUGGAGGUGGUGGACAUUCUCCUGACCUAUGUGAGGAAGACCUUUGACAGGUCCACCAAAGUGCUGGACUUCCACCACCCACACCAGCUUCUGGAAGGCAUGGAAGGCUUCAACCUUGAGCUCUCUGACAACCCGGAAUCACUUGAGCAGAUCCUGGUGGACUGCAGAGACACGCUGAAAUAUGGAGUCAGGACAGGUCAUCCUCGCUUUUUCAACCAACUUUCUACAGGGCUUGAUAUCAUUGGCUUGGCUGGGGAAUGGCUGACAUCGACUGCUAAUACGAACAUGUUUACAUAUGAAAUUGCACCUGUCUUUGUUCUCAUGGAGCAAAUAACACUUCGAAAAAUGAGAGAGAUUAUCGGAUGGUCAAACAAAGAUGGAGAUGGAAUAUUCUCACCUGGUGGUGCUAUAUCGAAUAUGUAUAGCAUCAUGGCUGCCCGCUACAAAUAUUUCCCGGAAGUCAAAACCAAAGGCAUGGCUGCAGUGCCUAAACUGGUCCUCUUUACCUCAGAACAUAGUCACUACUCAAUAAAGAAAGCUGGAGCUGCGCUUGGCUUUGGAACUGAGAAUGUGAUUUUAAUAAAGUGCAAUGCAAGGGGCAAAAUAAUACCAGCUGAUUUGGAAGCCAAAAUUCUGGAAGCCAAACAAAAGGGAUAUGUCCCCCUUUAUGUGACUGCAACUGCUGGCACAACUGUUUAUGGAGCCUUUGAUCCUAUUCAGGAGAUAGCAGACAUUUGUGAAAAAUAUAACCUUUGGCUCCAUGUGGAUGCUGCCUGGGGAGGUGGAUUACUAAUGUCCAGAAAGCAUCGUCAUAAACUGAAUGGAAUAGAAAGAGCCAACUCUGUCACAUGGAAUCCACACAAGAUGAUGGGAGUUUUGUUACAGUGUUCUGCUAUUCUUCUCCGGGAAAAGGGUAUACUUCAAGGUUGCAACCAGAUGUGUGCGGGCUAUCUAUUCCAACAAGACAAGCAAUAUGAUAUAACUUACGAUACUGGAGAUAAAGCGAUACAGUGCGGCCGCCAUGUGGACAUAUUCAAAUUCUGGUUGAUGUGGAAAGCCAAGGGCACAGUGGGAUUCGAAAGUCAGAUCAACAAAUGUCUUGAAUUAUCAGAAUACCUCUAUAAUAAAAUUAAAAACAGAGAGGAAUUUGAGAUGGUUUUUGAAGGAGAGCCCGAACACACAAAUGUUUGUUUCUGGUACAUUCCACCAAGUCUUAGAGGGAUGCCGGACUCUGAAGAAAGAAGAGAAAAACUACAUAGGGUGGCACCCAAAAUCAAGGCCCUGAUGAUGGAAUCAGGUACCACAAUGGUUGGAUAUCAGCCUCAGGGUGAUAAAGUCAACUUCUUUCGAAUGGUUGUUUCAAAUCCUGCAGCUACCAAGUCUGACAUUGACUUCCUCAUUGAAGAAAUAGAAAGACUGGGGCAGGAUCUGUAAUGUGCUUGAAUGACAUGUUUUCUUCUCUAGAGCACUAUUUUCCAGUACUGGCUUCUUCUUUUUUUAAGCCAGUUCUGUAGAACACAUUUUAAGGUAAUCCCUUUCUAAGUGUUUGUUUCUUCUGAGAUACUCUCUUUAAAAACAAUGACAAAAAACCCACAACCCCUGUAGAUUACUGGAACAUAUGUGUGUAUUCGUAGGUUAUUUUACCAAAGGGGAAAAUAUAUUAUCUUGAAAUGCAUUGUUGACCCUAUUUAAGCCUGGUAAGUCUAGUAAGCAAAAAGCUAAUUGUAUUAAGAUAGCCAAUAAAUAACUCUGCAGAAUAUAUAUGUACAGUGUGUGUAUAUAUAUAUAUAAUAUAUAUAUAAAAGUAUAAAUAUAUAUAUUAUAUAAAUAAAAUGGUAAUAUACCUAAGAGUAAUUCACAGUAUGUUUUCCAAAGCAGAGAUUUUCUCAAUCAAGGACUGCUCUUGUACAACCCCAUUCACAUCAACAGGACUUGGCCAGAGCAUUGCUUGGUAGAUUCUACAUCAACACUCCCAUCCUAGGCACAAUACUUGGGAGUUUGUCCCAUUGCUUUCAAUAGAGCAUACUUACAGGUAACGCUGGGGGCCAUCCACCUUCCACUGCUCAGUGGAAUUGCAAUGGGCAUGGCCAAGGCAAGAGUCAGCAUGUUAGGUCCCACUGAAAUAAAUGACACUGAAGGGUGCUUAGUUUUGGCUGGAUUGUGCCCAGUAUGUCUGGGUUGUGUCCAUAUUUAGGAUUGGGGUGCAAGGAUGCUAUUUUUUCCAUUAAAAAGUAAAUAACGUGAUAACCAGGCUAAGAUGUGUUAUCCCAAGUGAAAUUGGGGGAGGAACAUUUUUAAAGUUACAGAAUUUUAGGAACUAAGGACAAUGUUUAACAUUAUUUAAACUUUAUUGUUGGUGCUUCUCUGAUAAGGAAACAAAUCCUAAAGAGAACCACCUAGUUGUUGUAUGUAUGUCCCCUUUAGUUGUCAUAUCAGGGGGAUAGUAGUAGCUGAGUUGUGGUAAUAGAUUAUAUUGUUGUAUUUUUUAGAAUUUGAUUUGUGUAGAUUGUGUACAUUAUUGUUAAAUGGGACGGGAGAGGAAUUAAAUGGGGCAGGGGGAGGAAUCAAAUGUAUUAGUUUUCCAGCAAGAUAACUGUUCAGUUCUAGGUAUAUGAACUGUUUGCUUCUUUAUAUGCAAAGAUUUACCAUGCUAAAGAGUUGUCUUGUAUUUUCUUCCAUUUGUAAUGUAUCCUAUUUAUAUAAUUAUCAAAGUCCUAAAUAAUGUUUAUCGGUAUUUUAGUGCAUUUGUGAGCCAAAGAAAAGGUUAAAAAUUAGUUGACACGUUUAUAUAAUAGUGCCCUUAAAACAAUAACUUAACAGAUAAUGUUACUGUCCAUAAGGAAUCCUAACAUUGUAUAUAGAUUUUAGCGUAAGGAAAUACUUUCAUUUUAAUAGAAAUGUCACCUUUACUAAUUGUACUGUAGUCUGGCUGUACGUUCAGUGUUCUGGAUGCUUUUUUAGUGAAUGAAUGCUUAAACAAGGCCCCUGCAUUCUCAUGGCCAAAUUCUGCAGUUAGUUUAGCUAAAUUCUGAGGCAAGAUAUGCAAAGGACAUUAAUGGUUCUGUGAAAGUACUAUCAGGCCUUAUGAAUGUCUGUCAGAAGGGCAAACUCCCUGUCCUUUGGAGUUAAUAAGAGAGAAGAAAAAACUGCCACAGAAUGUUUUGAGGACAGCUUCCUGGCCACAAUAAUUUUGCGUUGUGUAAUUAUCAGAUUUUAUUAGCACUCACUAUUACAAAUCCUUGGCUAGUCAUACUACUAGAAACCAAGUCACAGGAAUGGACUCUUGACAGAAUGACUCGGGUCAAGCGACAUCAGCUGUCUUCGCAGCUAUGCUGCGAUGGCUGAUAGCUUCAAUUAAUGCUUCAUUUUUUCAAAUAUAUAAUAAACCUUAAAGACUGCAGCACUGCACAGAGUUACUCACAACAGGUCCUGUUGAAAUGAUUGGAAAGUAUAUAAAGCAAUAGGAGUUGUGCACAGGUAACUUCAUGCAGGAUUUACGGCCUGGAUUUUAAGAAUACAAUGGAAAACGUGAGCAAUAUUUUGAUGAAUGUUUGUUAGGAUCUGUGUACUUUUUUACCAUUUUUGUUCCAGGAAUUUUCCAGUGAGUAUCAUUUAAAAGUCCACAUUAUUUUAGAGAGUCGGAUACGGUCACCAUCCUUGCUAUUCGCUUUAUGGUCUCUCAUAUCCUUGGCUUUCUCUUCUGUGUUCAAGUGAUCAGCACUUCUGAAUUGUGAUGUGUCUAGACUAUCUAAAUUGUGUUAAAUGUCCAUAUGGUAUUUUGAUAUCAUAUGGAUGGAACAAUUGAGAAGCCAUUCAGAAGAGUCUAACAUCUGCUAUCUUUAAUUAAUUUCCAAAUAUAGAAGGUUUCAGUAUGAAAUAAAAACAAAAAUAAGCCACAUCUGUAUUUUUAUAGGCUUAUUGUGACAUGGGCCCUCUUCUCCUUUUUCUAGUUAGGAAAGUUGU